GAGCGUGCUGGGUUGAGCCGCUUGGCUCCCCGUCGUGUGGCCUCGCAGUCUGCUCGAGUUGCCGGCGAUGCCACGAAGGCUGUGUACUCGGUGCUCCUGCUUGGCGGCUGCCGUGCAUUGCUUCCAAAAGCAAGAAGCACUCGAGGCAGUUCGCGGACACUGGUGGCCGCGCAGGCCGCUGAUGUUGCAGACGCCGGCAAUUUCGUGGAGGACAUUGUUGUGGGAGAUAUCGAAAAAGAGACGUAUGGAGGUCGGGUACAUACUCGCUUUCCUCCCGAGCCAAAUGGUUACUUGCACAUUGGCCAUGUGAAGUCGAUCUGCCUUAAUUUUGGCAUC